AUGUCGAAGGCGGAAGGUCUGCUGAUUUUCGAUACGCUGAACGCCGCAGCACGCGGUGAGAAAGCAGCUAGACAAUACCCACAAAAUAUGGCGAGGCGAAAACUGGCUGACAUUAGCAACAUACCACAGAAACCUAAGCCAUCAGUUCAAGAUGAUAAGUCGAAAUCAAUUCCAAUAACUACAAAAGCAUAUAUUGAGCAGCUCCAGAAGGAAAAUGUGGCGUUAGUGAAGUUGCUGGCGCAGAGAAACAAAAUCAUUGAACAGAGUGGAAUGGAGCUUGAGAGAUUAAGGUUAAAUCUGAUUGAAGUGCAGGAAAAGAAUCAUCAGCUAGCCCUGUCACAUACCCAAAUGCUGGGGCUAACGAAAUUUCUGUCCUUUUCAUUUCAGUUGAAAACGUUACAACAUGAGCUUGGAUGCAAAAAUGGACUGCUGAAUGCAAGAAAACUGGAAGGGGUCUGUGUGAAUUUGAUCAAGUUACCAGAGGAAGGGGAUACUGCUACUAUAGGCCAGGAGGAUGAAAAGCCUUGGAAUACCAAAAGAAGAUCGCGGCUGCUGAGUUUGGGCAAACAAUUGCAUUCCGAGGAGAAUGUUGGAAAUAGAAGGUCUGUUGUGAGGAGACAAUCCGCCAGGUUUAUUAAGGCUGUCGAAUCAAAAUCUGUAGAGGAUUCGUCAGUAAGAGAUGACUCUAAAUUUUCCGAUUGUUCGUUGCCUCAAGAACCACCCAUUGAAAGUGGAUCAACUUUUGGAAGCUCAUCGGUUGAAGAAGACGAUAUUCCUGUCAAGGUGGAUUUGACCAAGUUGCCAGAGGAAGAAGAAACUUCAACUGUAGGUAGAGAUGCGGAAAAGCGUCGUAAUGCAAAAAGAUUAAGAUCACAGAGUUUCAGCUCUUCCGAGUCAUUGCAAUCUGAGAAUGCCCCAAAUAGAAGGCUCUCUGUGAGGAGACAAUCUGCCAGGUUUAAUGCCUCAGAACUAAAACCUCCGGAGGAUAAACUAGAAAAAGACGAGAUCAGAUUUCUCGAAUGUGCCUUGCCUGAUGAAAAAACUGUCCUGGAAAAUGGAUCAAAUUCUGGAAAUGGAUCGGCUACAGAUGAUGAUAAUAACAGAGGCGGUUCUGGUUUUGAGUAUAAACCUCCAGAAAUCGGGAGAUCAUCUCUAAGCAGACCAUCUCGUCUGGCUGCCAAAAAAAUUCAGUCAUACAAAGAAAGACCUAUAAAUGUCAAAAUGCGUAGACCCGAGUGA